CUUUCUCUGGUUUCUCAAGUUUUCUGGCCAGUCCCCUCUUCAGCCCCAAAUUGCUGAAUGGGAGGAGCGUUGCUUUGUCCAUUCUUCCUGUCUGACUCGUUGGGAUGUUUGUGGGCAGAGAGGUGAGCCCAGUGUUGGCUGUGUCUCACCAAAACACAGGGAUAAAUGCCUCCAAUAAAGCCAGCUGCCUGCAUUCUGCCAUGCCUGAUCCUCUGGCAUUUACUUUUAGCUCAGGGAUCUGUCAGAAUUUAUUAUAUCGGAAUUGUGGAAGAGGACUGGGAUUAUGCACCAACCGGGAAGAAUUUGAUCACAGGACGAAGUCUGGUUGAGGAUGAAAAAGCAGCAGUGCAUGUCAAAAGAGAUGCCAAGAGGAUAGGCCAUAUUUAUAAAAAGGCAAUUUUCAGACAAUUCACAGAUGAAACAUACUCUCAGGAGAUCUCCAAACCACCUUGGUUGGGCUUUCUUGGUCCAGUGCUGAAAGCUGAAGAAGGAGAUACUUUUGUUAUUCAUUUGAAGAACUUUGCUUCGCGGCCUUAUUCUAUACAUCCACAUGGAGUCUUCUAUACAAAAGACUCUGAAGGAGCCCUCUACCCUGAUGGAACCAGUGGAAAAAGCAAAGAAGAUGAUUUUGUUCGCCCUGGGACGAAUUACACAUAUACCUGGCAAGUUACGGAUGAGUUUGCACCAUCUAUGACAGAUCCACAGUGUCUGACUUGGAUUUACCAUUCGCACAUCGACACACCAAAAGAUAUCAAUACUGGAUUAAUUGGACCGUUGCUGGUUUGUAAGAAAGGAUCAUUAAACAAUACUUCAGGGUCGAUGAGCCAUGACCCCAGAAACUUUGCUCUGAUGUUCAGCAUUGUGGAUGAAAACCUCAGUUGGUAUCUGGAUGAGAAUAUAAACACCUUCUGCUUAGAUCCCAGUUCAGUUGAUAAAGAUGAUGAAGAUUUCCAGUUCAGCAAUAAGAUGCAUGCAAUCAAUGGCUAUAUGUUUGGAAACCUCCCUGGCUUGGAGAUGUGUGCUGGUGAACGAGUGUCCUGGCAUUUGUUUGGAAUGGGGUCCGAGACAGAUAUUCACUCCGUUCAAUUCCUUGGCCACACUUUCGUCAAGAGAGGACACAGGGCAGAUGUCACCAGCCUCUUUCCAGCCACCUUCAUCACAGCAGAAAUGCUAGCAGAUAAUGUUGGGAAGUGGCUUUUGACCUGUCAAGUCAUCAAUCAUAUAAAUGCUGGUAUGAUGGGAUUAUUCAAGAUCAAGGAUUGCAACCAAAAUAUUACAAAGCCUUCCCAGAGUGGUCAAGAAAGAAGAUACUUUAUUGCUGCUGAAAAAACCCUUUGGGAUUAUGGACCUGGAGGCAUUGACAAAUUCACCGGACAAGUUUUAAAUGCAACAGGAAGUGACUCUGAACCAUUCUUCACACAAGGAGAGGAUCGAAUAGGAGGGCAGUACUGGAAAGUUCACUAUGUUGCCUACACUGAUGGGAGAUUUGCCCAAAAAAAGGAGAGACCAGAAGGUGAUGCCCAUCUUGGCAUACUUGGCCCUGUUAUCAAAGCCGAGGUUGGAGAUACAAUUUUGGUUACUUUUGCUAAUAAGGCGGACAAAAACCACAGCAUGAUGCCCCACGGUGUGGCUUUCAGCAAGUCGUCAGAAGGAGCCACUUAUGAGGAUGGAUAUGAAAAGCAUGGUGCCCAUGUGAAACCUGGUGCAAUCUUUGAGUACAAAUGGAGAGUUCCUGAAAGUGUUGGCCCAACAGACAAUGACCCACCUUGUCUCACUUACCUAUAUUAUUCGGCAUCCGAUCCAGUGAUGGACACCCAAGCUGGUCUUAUGGGACCUCUAAUAAUAUGUAAAAAGGGUUCUCUGGAACCUGAUGGAUCACAGAAAGGAAUAGACAAAGAAUUCUACUUGCUCUUUGCAAUCAUUGAUGAGAAUCUGAGUUUCUAUCUUGAUAAAAACAUUGAAGCAUUUGCUGGCAAUCCCUCGAAGGUUAAUAAAGAAGAUGAGGAUUUCCAAGAAUCCAACACAAUGCAUGCUGUCAAUGGUUACCUGUAUGGCACCAUGCCCGGUCUCAAGAUGUGCAAGGACGACAAGGUUUCUUGGCAUAUGAUUGGGUUAGGCACUGAAACCAACAUGCAUGGUGUCCAUUUCCAAGGAAACACCAUUCGUUUGGGUGGCACAAGGAGGGAUACUCUUACUUUGUUCCCUCACACCUCAACAACAGCCCUGAUGCAGCCGGACCAAGUAGGAACUUUCCAGGUGGUUUGCACAACGUUUGAUCACUUUACUGGUGGAAUGAAGCAGAUGUAUGAAGUCAGGCCCUGCGGGAAGAUGUUGCCCGAUGGGGAGUAUUACGGGACAAUGAGAACUUAUUAUAUUGCUGCUGAAGAGAUGGAGUGGGACUAUGCCCCCGACAAGAACUGGACAGAGGGAAUGAGCACGGAGGACAGCUACGGACAUGUAUUUCUGAAUCAUGGCGAAGAUCUCAUCGGGUCAAAGUACAAGAAGGUGGUUUACAGAGAAUACAAAAACGGAGAGUUCACGGAGCAGAAAACGAGGACAGUAAAGGAGCAACAUCUUCAAAUUCUAGGACCACUGAUCCAUGCAGAAGUUGGUGACUCAAUACUAAUUAUAUUUAAGAACAAAGCUAGUCGGCCUUACUCAGUAUCAGCACAUGGUGUAGAAGAAGGAGGAGGAACUGGGAGUAAAGCACGUGUCACGAUGCCAGGAGAUAUUAGUACAUACCGGUGGAAUGUCCCACUCAGAUCAGGCCCAGGCGUGUCCGAUCCUAAUUGUAUCACUUGGGUUUACUACUCAACAGUGGAUUUUGUAAAGGAUAUGUACAGCGGCUUGAUUGGGCCACUUAUAAUUUGCAGAAAGGGAAUAUUAAAUGAAAAGGGUCUAAGGAGAGAUAUUGAUCGUGAGUUUGCUCUCCUUUUUCUGAUCUUCAAUGAAAACGAAUCCUGGUACCUGGAUGAAAACAUUGAGAAAUAUCUACAUAAAGAUCCUAAAGAAUUCAGUCCUACUGAUGACUUCACAGAAGGAAACAACAUGCAUGCAAUUAAUGGGAAGAUCUAUGGGAAUCUCCAUGCCUUAACCAUGAAUGAAGGGGAAAGAACCAACUGGUACCUAAUAGGAAUGGGAAAUGAAGUUGACCUCCAUACUGUCCAUUUCCAUGGAGAGAGCUUUCUCUUCAAGAUGGAUCGUGAUCACAGAGGAGAUGUGUAUGACCUUUUCCCUGGGACUUUUCAGACUGUUGAGCUCCUAGCAUUCAAUCCUGGCACAUGGUUGCUCCAUUGCCAUGUCCAUGACCACAUUCAUGCCGGGAUGGAGACAACUUAUACCAUCUUCAAGUCAGGAAAUGUAGCUGCAACCAGAGUCUACGAUGCAAGUACUAUUAAGAGCAAGGCUGCUGGAAAAGGAGAUAAUCACAGACAAGGAAUAGACUUCUUUGGCAACAAGCUACAACUGGGAGAAGCAAGCUCAGUCCUCAAAGCCCUUUUGCUCAUUGGACUUGUGCUUUUGGUGGCCGUUUUGGUCCUUAUCCUUAUUCUGAUUUCCCAGAAGAAAAGAGUCCGUUACAGUUACAUUGGUCCGAAGCGUGAUCUUCCAAUGGUGUCCCUCUAAUAUGCCUUCAGUGAUGUUGAUAACACCUUGACAUGAGACUGACAGCAUACCUCCCAUGAAAUAUGUCUAUGCAAAAUGAUAUACUAUCAUUGACUAUAUGAAAUAUUUUAAAGAAUUGUUAUUGUCAGGAUAAAUCAUAGAGGCUCAUUCAGCUGAUUUGAUGUACAUCUCCCCAUUGAUAUACACAUUGCGCAUCUACCUCAUUUAUUGGCACUAGAAGUGUUUUUGAUUAUUAUUGCUUUUUGGAACAUUUGUAUAUGUAUAUAUAUGUACAUGAUGAGAUACUGUGGAAAUGGGAUCCAACUCUAAACAUGAAAUGCAUUUAUGUGUUGCUAAAGGUUUUCAUGGCCACAUUCACUGGGUGGCUGUGAGUUUUCCGGGCUGAAUGGCCAUGUUCCAGAAGCAUUCUCUCCUGACAUUUCACCCACAUCUAUGGCAGAGGUUGUGACUACUGUUGGAAACUUGGCAAGUGGGGUUUAUAUAUCUGUGGAAUAAUGUCCAGGGUGGGAGAAAGAACUCUUGUCUGUUGGAGGCAAGUGUGAAUGUUGCAAUUGGCCACCUUGAUUAGCAUUGAAAAGCCUUGCAGCUUCAAAGACUGACUGCUUUCUACAUGGGGGAAAACAGCGAAAUUCCAGACAAGACACUCAGAAGACAGGGGAAUUCCAGACAAGAAACAAUCAGGGCCAGCUAGCACCUCCUAACAAAGGAUUCUCCCAGGCAGGAAGCAGCCAGGCUUUGAAGCUGCAAGGCUUUUCAAUUGCAAUAUUCACACUUGCCUCCAACAGACAAGAGUACUUUCUCCCACCCUGGACAUUCCACAGAUUGCCUAGUUGCCUAGUUUCCAACAGACCUCACAACCUCUGAGGAUGCCUGACAUAGAUGUGGGUGAAACGUCAGGAGGGAAUGCUUCUGAGACCUGAGGCUGUUAGGAAUGGUGGGAGUUGAAGUCCAAAACACCCGGAGGGAGGGCCAAAGUUUGCCCAUGCCUGGUCUAAAACCAACUAACCCCAUCCUAAAUUCCCCAGAGAAAGUAUCAAAAAUGCACCUUACAAUAUUAGGACAGGUUUCAAACUUCAACAUAGAAUGAUGAUGAGCUUCCUCAGGUUGCACUGAAUUGCCUACUUAUUUAGGACUACAUAAGGCUGCAUUGACAGAUGUUUUGUCUUGCUUAUUUAUUGCAUAGUAUGAGCGUUUUAAGUGAUGAUUACGGGUAGCAUCUUUGACUUGGACCAAGGAGGUUGUUGUCUUCUUCUGGCACAAAACGUUCUGGCAUUUGCUCAGCCUUUGUGCGCAUAAUGUCUGUAGUUCCUCAGACAAAGCGCAGAAUACAAAUGUGCCAAAUAAAGGAAUUCGGCGCUAGUUAGAUUACUGAAGGAGCAAAGGAAAUGAAUUUUUAUCAAUAUAAUUAUUUCUUGUUUUAA